AUGAUUAACUAUCGAUGUAUCGAGAAGGAGAAGUGUUGGGGAGUGAAGGAUUAUGUUCCUCCUUACAUGGAUCCAACAACCGUUGGAGAUGUUGUUCUUCGUGGAGUCAAUUAUGCUUCCGGUGGCGCUGGGAUCCUUAACGACAGUGGCGAUAUCUUUGGUAAUCGGUUUAUGGAUGCACAACUGGAUAACUUUGCGAGUACUAGGAACUACAUAAUCUCGAAUAUCAGUGGUGGUGGUUCCAAGAAACUACUUGAGAACGCUCUUUUCAUCAUAGUAAUGGGUUCCAGUGAUUUCCUUCACAACUAUUUCACUCCAAUUAUCUUAAUACCUAAGCAAAAGUUGGAAUCACCGGGAAUGUUUGUUCAUUCAAUGAUCUCAAAAUUCAGACUUCAACUAACAAGAUUGUAUGAAAUGGACGCAAAAAAGAUUUUUGUUCCUAACCUUGGACCUCUUGGUUGCAUUCCAGGGGAAAGAGAUUUGAAUUACAGAUCAUGUAAUGUUAUUCAACAAGAAAUUGAAGAGUUGAAUUCAAUUCUUGUCGAAUCCAAAUUUGUAUAUGCAGAUGGCUACAACAUGGUAUCUCAUAUUUUCCGUAAUUAUCAAUCCUACGGCUUUGAGGAUUACAAAACUGCAUGUUGGAAAUUACUUCCAGAUCCACCUCGAGGAUUUUACAGUCCUGCGCCACUAGUUUGUAAGGACCGGUCCAAGUAUGUGUUUUGGGAUUUUGCUCAUCCAACUGAUGCUGCUAAUGUCAUUUUUACAAAGAUGAUGCUGGAAGAUCCCGAUUUUAGAUACACGUAUCCAAUGAAUGUUCGCCAACUCUACUACUCAUGA